CACCAGGCAAAAGCCUUCCUAGCUCUUUAUCAUCAAUCAAAUCAAAAACAAAAGAAAAAGAGAGAAUGGCCGUUGCCUUCUCUCCCCGCCUAAGACCACACAUUGCCAUUCGUAUCUUUGCUCAGUCUCUCCUUCCUACGACCACAACCCUUAGUAACUCAAUUCUUCCGAAACCUCGCUUAUGCUUCUCCUCCGCUCAUCAUUCUUCUCCUCUGCCUCGUCGGAGAUGCUGCUGCACUCUCAUCUCAUCUGCCGGCGAAGACAUUAAGCCGCCGGAAAAUGUCGAUUCCGGUAGUAAAGUCGGACUGUUUCGUAAGAGGUUGAAAAUUGCUGAUAUUAAGGGCGGUCCUGACCAGGGUUUGGAUCGUUUAGGCCAUACUUUGCUCGUUCGAGGCUGGGUUCGCACCAUUCGGAUGCAGAGCAGCGUCACUUUUAUUGAGGUGAAUGAUGGGUCGUGUCUCUCAAAUAUGCAAUGUGUGGUGAGCUCAGAUGCUGAAGGUUAUGAUCAGGUACUUCGUCCAAAUCUAACUGUCACAUUGAUAGUACUGUAACAACUAAAGCGAAUGUUGCUUAUCAAUAUUUCUAGUAAAUGAAAACGAGAAUUUAUCGAAUGUUGCCAUUGGACAUUUAGCUAGUUGGAAAUACUUUAGUUGAAAACUUUUUUAUUCGAGU